GCCAUCCCCCAUUCAUGCACGCAUUGUAGAUCAUAAUGUUGACUCAUGCGGUCUGCCAUAGACUUUUACCGGGUCGUAAAUGUGAAUUGUUUCAAGAAUAUGAUUUGUGAUGUGGAUAAAAAAAAAAGACAACUGAUAAAUUAUCACGUGGGAUUCUGAAGCAAAAUUGUUUUCGUGACUUUGUUUUUUUUUUAUUGGUGUUUGUAAUAUCUCGAUCUAUACACUUGCCAAGUUCUCCAGUGGAUUACAUCUGUACAAGGCAUGGACUAGCCUCUGAUAUGUGUCCUUUAAACGUUUAUUUUGUUUAAUGAAUCUCUUGUCGAUGACAGCGGAGUUCCAUCUGCACAAACAGAAUAAGAAUGUUUUUUCUGGUCUAGACAAACAAUUUUUUUUUCAACACUUGAGCUCAUCUACCUGAAACAUGGGACAGAAUAACUCCACUGCCUUUCACACGUCCUCCAAUACACUGCCCAGAACAACUACUACAACAUCUAUCAAUACCGGGAUUCAAACUCCUGCGCCUCCAUCUAGUCCUCCACUGGAUACAAAUCAAAAGAACAACUCCUAUAUAGUCCCUGAAAACAAGGUCUUGCCAAAUAGCAUGGGCGAGGUUGAAAGCGCCAGAAAGUUGCUUCGCCCUGUCUCCCAGGAUCUAACAAAACUCCACCCUGAUUACGCCUACGUAUUCCCGAUUGAUUCAAACAGCAAACUAAACGAGGUUGCUUCCAUCAGGAGAAGCACCAGCAUGCCCGGACUUAACAAAGAGAAUUCCUCACUAAGCCCGACUGGUCAACUAAGCGGCGAAAAACGGGUUAAUGGUCACGUCCGGGCGCUAUCUAACGCCACCAACGGAUUCCAUUUGAGCAGAUCUGGGGAAGAUCUGCUGUCGUCGAGUGUUGACGGUGACCUAGAAAACUGGAACAAGUUGCAGCGAGCACAGUCGAUGGACAGAGGGAUGUCCACAACUUCCAAGCCAUUCCGGCACUCAAGGCAGACGUCUUUGGCCAGCAGAAACUCUCUCCAAGAUACUGUCAUUUUUGAGGACCCGCGCGAGCAUUUGUACAACAUUGCUCGCAAAGAACCUUUCUCCGAUUUAGUUCCCACAACCACAUCACUUCCCGUGAAGAGCACAUUUGACAUGGAUUACUCUUACAACCUUACUUACGCCCAGCUGACGGAGCUUAGAAGGCAGAAGAGAUCUCAAGACAUCGAGGAACGGACCGGAAAAAAACUGGAAAUGCUGAGCGCCGACAUCAGCGCUUCCAGCAACGUGCCUAAAUCUCCCUUUGAUCUUCAGAAUCUUGGCCGAAAGUCCAGCACCCACAGCGUGAGCACAGGCAGCUCAGAAACAGGAGUCAGCAAAUCUAAAAAGAAAAAAGCACCAGCUCCUCCACCUCCGUCAAUGCCACCAUUUAGAUACACUCUAAGCAAUGAGCCCCCUGCUGACUAUGAAAUGCAAAACGCAUCCGCCCAUCUAAAACCCCAAAGGAGCAACUCGUCCGUUUCUGCUAAGACUAAGCCACCCGCUCCACAACCAUUCCCCAAGCGAUAUUCCAUGACAAACAUGCAUGAGAAGAAGACACCCACCACCAGCCAGAUCCCUUUACCACCAUCGCUGUCCAAACUAUUCACUAAGCCUAACAUAGAACCACAAAACACAAAGGACAAAGCUCAACCACCUGGGUUCGAUCUUUUACAGAAAACCAAAGAGGAAACACAGAGACAGCUAGAAACUCUAAAGAGGCUGGAAGAAUCACUUAAGAAAGUUGAAUCAGUUGAAACACCCAAAGAAGAGAAUAACAACAACGAUCCUCACUCCGAUACCAACGAAAGUAGUUUUAAAACAUCAUCUGGACUUACUAACGACAGCAAGGCUUCUAAUGUAACUAUACCAAGCUCGGGGGUACCACCUCCACCGCCAAUAUCCAACUUGGAGUCGACCUCAGCUUCUAGCUCUAACAAAUCUUUUAAAGUUAUGAACUCUCUACUUCAGCAUGACAUUGUCCUGGCAGCACAAGCUCGUGGAGCGAAAAUUCUGAAGCCUAAAACCCUAGCUCCACCAGAAAAACCAAAGGGUCCAUCAGAAGUAUUCCAAGAGGAGCUCGCCAAGGUAACACAAGCAAGGGAAGAGCGGUGGAAAUUGGCAUCCACUAACAGUCUCAGUGAAGUGGCCAGCGAGCCAUCUUUCACUAAACUCGAAGACGGAGACCGUGUUCUUUUGUUUGAGUCCAGCCAACUCUCGAAAUCAAGCCCUAAGAAAUCCACCGAGAAACUUUAUGACACGCCCGCGGAAUUAGAUGUGAAGGGUGUAGUUAAAAGCGAAGCUCAAACUAAAGUCUCAGCGGAUUUGGACGGGAAGAACGAUGAAGAAGAGCUAGACGAGAUGAAAAUUGCCGAGAGCGUAGACAUGACCAAGCGUCACUCUAUACAAUCCGAAGCGAUGAGUAUCAGCUCCUCAAAUACAAGUACCAGAGUUCUCUCUCCUGACUGGAUUCCGGAACUUGAUCUCGACUCUGACGAUGACAUCAUGGAUGAAAAAAUAACGAUGUCGCACAAGAGAGUUCCUUCAGAGGGAUUUAAAUCUUCCAUAAUCCCAACUAAACUCAACGAUAUGAAAAAGAGUGAGCAGAAAAAGAAGACAAACUCGGCGUUGAACAAAACGGAAAGUUUGCGCGAUGUGACGUCACAUCCGGCUGCGGAGGACAAGACCAAAUUUGGAAGUGUGCGAAAGUUUAAACAAGGAAUGAGAAGUGCCUUUGGUUCUAUAAGCAGAGCUUCGGGGAAGCUUUUUAAGAAGCCCAAAUCUAAGGACAAGUACAAAGCUGAUAGCAUCGCAGACAUUUUUCAACAGCCAGAAGAUGUCAGAUUGGGAGAAUUUUUAAAAGACCAAAAUUGGGCUUUAUCUGGGAGCCGCAGCAACUCUCUUCAGCGUCACAUUCCGAGUGCUGCCUACAGUGAAUCUGAAGCUUCGUCUUUUUCCGAUGCAGACGACAUUGGUGAUAUAGAUUUUGCCAACGGGAUCGACCAGCUGCCAUCGCCUCGACUGCACAGCAAUGACGAUGAAAACAACAAAGGCCUAAAGAGAGCUGGAGUGGCAUACGUCAGCAAGAAAGGGCACAUAAUCCUCUUGCCAGAGUACAAUUACGGCCCAACAGAUGAAACGCGCGAUGACUCCAGCGAAGAAGAGGGACGGGCGCCAAAGAUCGUCAGGAAAAAAAAUAAAAAGUUCACGUACGAAUCGACAGUGCGAAUUCAGGAAAAGAGCCGACUUGAGCUGGAAGUAGCCAAAGAGAUCAUGGAAAAGGAGAAACAGAUUGAGUUCGAGAGGCUACGCCAACAGAAUAUGGAAAGAGAGUUUCUGCGCUUGCGAGACCUUGACACCCAAGAGCGUAUUCAUAGGAUGCAGUCCGCAACAAUGAAGGACCAGAUCGAUUUGAUCCAGCAUCAGCGGGCCGCCCAGUAUGAGAUCAACAAUAACAUCAAUGGGGUCACACCUCAAGUGUAUCCAACCUACAUUUCUAACGGAACCGUGGGAGUCGGUAACCCCGCCUACAUUAACAGCUUUAUGCCAGUUGUGGGCUCAACUGUGCUGCCAAACACACUGCCGACUAACUACCCAGCCCAUAGCUCGCCUCUUGUUGGUGGCGGGAUAAUAAACGGCGUAGCGGGUAGCCCCGCUGUUCAGCAGCUGACUCCGCAGGAGAUGAACCGCAUCAGCGAGUUCAUGCGCAGGGCAGGUGUAGCCCCGCCAACUACCCAGCAGCAAUGGGCAGUGCUUCUAAGCACUGUCAGCUUCAAUUCUCCGGGAUUUCCCACAUAUGAUCAGAAAUCUUCGCUGUACGGCAUGGGAUCGGGUCCCAAUCUGGCACACAUUUUCAGUGGCGGGAAAACUAUUGAAAACAUGACGACAGACAGUAGUAGGCAGGUCGUUAGUUACGGUUUGGGCCAGAAGACCUUCCAGAACGCAAACAUCGUUUCUGUGGACAGCAAUAGACGGAUGGUCAGUGCUGUAGAUCAGCUCCAGCCUCCUCCAAUCGACGCGAGCGCCCCACAAGAAGUGCAGCUUUCUUCAGUUAGUCAGUCAGUCGAUCGAGAAGCCAACUCUAGUGCGCACACAAGCGUUGAUCACCACAACCACGGCACACAGGAAGUUCAAAAUCACACGGGGGACAACUCGGUGAAAUCACCAACGCUUUCUGCCAAAAUUUACGGACCAAUAGGAUAUAAACCAGUGUCAUUUCAAAACCACGUGACGUGAUGAAGCAGAGAGACACAUGUGGAUAUUUUAUUGGCAAUGCAGUCAAGUACUGACUAGACAUUAUCUACAAGAGACAAACUAGUAAUCUAGAUCUAUCUAGCCCUAGGCAGGAACCAUUCAUGAAUGUCACAACGAGACGCCUAUGUUAAAUAUUGGAUGAACAGACUUUCCGAAAAGUUGACACAUGGAAGUCUUUGGACUGCAAGGAGAAAAAUUAUCUGCUUUUGUGUAUACUUAUUGUUCAUUGCCCUAACAAAGUACUUAAUUUAUCUGCUGUACAUAGGCCAAAACGUGAUAGGGAAAAUUGGUAGAAGGAUAUCACUAUUUAUUAAUUUAAAAAGAAAAGAAUUGAAAAUGCUACAUAUCACUACACGUAUUUAUUGAAUGCCAAACUAGUGCUAGUGUUUACAUUUUGAGUUUUAAACACUGUGGUAUGUGCUAUGCUUCUUUCACAACUUUGCAUUUUAAAUGUGUAUGUAUUACUGUACUUCAAAUGGUGUUAUUUGUUUGAAUAAAUGCAUUUUAAAUGUGUAUGUAUUUAUGUAUUUUAAAUGGUGUUAUUUGUUUGAAUAAAUGUCUAGUUAGUUGAUAAGCUGAAGGUCCAUGGUUGGAAUUUUUCAGCGAGAUGAUUUAAUAAUCUUUUGUUUUAAAGAACAUUUGUAAUAAAGUCGAAUAUGUUUUGUCUUCAAACUGUUUGACUUUUGAAAGUGUUGAAUGUGUACCUGGUGUUAUGGAGUCAGGACAGUCUGAUCAGUGUAGGCUAGUCACACAACAGCCUUGUAGACAAACAGGGCCGGCCUUAGGUAACUGGAGGCCCUAGGCGAAGUGAAUAGGGUGGCCUCAUAUGAAAUAGAAAAGACCUUUCUGUAACUAUAUCUAAAUCAACAAUUAAGUCAAAUAGUAGGCACUAGUGUGCUUCAUGGAAGAUUCAUGAUCACUGAACUAGAAAUAACGUUUCGACAUUUCACCAAAGGAAUUAACAAUGGUCUUCUAACAUCUGUAGUCUAACAAGUAGAUAUAAACAUUUGUGAAUAAACCUUGACACAUAGAUCUAGGUUAGUAGACAUACAGGGUUGUUUUUUUUAGAUGGGAUUCAUCUUUCACAAUUUAAAAAAAAAAUUGUUUUCUUUGAGUCCUGUGCGAGGUCCCCACCAAUCAGAGGCCCUACGGGCAAUUGUUCAGCGAAUGUGACAAACAAAUAUUUGAAAUAUAAUUUUUAUUUUAUUAUGUUCUAAUUUGUUAUAUACAUUCUUUAAGUGUAGCGUACAAUGCCGAUGUUACCACUACCGUUUUGACACUGUAUGGUCUGUACAUGUAGGGCCUAUGUAGAUAUCUACCUCACUAUACACAUACUUUCAUUCAUUCUCAUUGAUCACAUUUCUAAUGCUCUCUCUCUUAGAGUGUUAUAGGUUCCAAUUAUUACAAUGUUGUUGUUGAAUUUAUUCGAUACUUUUUCUUUCCAUUGGUGAGAGUUUUUGUUUAAUGAUCCACACACAAGAAUAUAUUGAUCUAUAUCAGCGGUUCUCAACCUUUUAGGCUCGGCGACCCCUUUUUACAAUCCGCCACUCUGCCGCGACCCCCCCCCCAGCACACACACACAGCAAUAGAAUGGACAAAAACAAUCCAUUUUUCAUUGGUCUUAGGCGACCCCUGGGAAAUCAUCUAUCGACCCCCAAAAGAUCGCGAUCCACAGGUUGAGAACCCCUGAUCUAUAUAAUCUAAGUUUAUAUCAGACGUUACUGUUUGGUUAUUUAGAACGCCAGGCGGCUUAUGAUUUCAAGCCUGGGUUAUAAAUAUUUAUGACAUUUGAGAAAGUUUCUGUUUUCCAACUGCUGGCUCUACAACUUAAGAGUAGGCGUAGGUUCAGAACAGCAGACGGGCAAAGUAUAGGCCUAUUUUGUAAAGUAAAAAAAAAAAAGUAAAGAUACUCUUUUCAGACCUUGUGGUCUAUUGUGUAGGCUUAUUAAAUGACAUCUUAUUUCUCUGUCAUUGCACAAGCUACACAAUACCGUAGUAGGCCUACAAAGUUGGCAUCCGUCGAAAAGUGACUUCACCUUACUUAUAGAAGUUUUUUAAAAGUGAAGAAAGGAAACAUUUUUUUCCAAUGAGCUGUGAACAUUUGGUUUGGAACUUCUUUAAAUAUUUUCCAAACAUUUGUGUAUCAUUCCUAUAGACCGGUGAUAUGGCUUUAUGAUUAUCAUUAUCUCAACUCAAUGUUGUUCCGUAUUCCAUUUAUUAUAGGCAUUUAGACCUAGACCCUGUAAGAGGCUUUGAAUUGGGAAUGCAUUUAUGUAUUUAUUGAACCUGGUGUGUUUUUUUUUUAAAAUUCAUCUAUAUAAAAUAAAGUCAUUUUUAUUAUAUUUUAGAGACAUUUCUUUGUUGACCUACUCUCUGCAUCACUGAUCUUGUGAAAUCAUUCCAUUACUAUGAUCUAAAUUAUCGAUCUCUAUGUGCUUAUUUUGUAAUAUUCAGUCAUUAGCCAACACUACGUUAUCUAUGUAUAUGUAAUUAGUAGGUAGAGCCUACAAUAUACAAGUAUAACAGAGUCUACAAUAUACAAGUAUAACAGAGCCUACAAUAUACAAGUUUAACUCUUGCUACAUAUAAAACUAUAAAUCAUACACAAGUACUAGGUGUGAUGGUUUCGCCUAAACCUUUAGACCUAUUUAUUAUUAUUAUUAUGUAGGCCUAUGCGCUCUGGACUGUUGUUACAUUGUCAGGAUGGUCCUGGGUUUAAACCCAUUUCUGCUGCCAUCCCCCGCCUUCCUUUAAGAUGUUUCGGCUAGGAUGUAAUAAUCUUCCAAUCUGAAGGAGCCUCUGAAAUAUGUGAAACAAAACCACACCAAUACGUUCUAAACUAAAGAGUAUCAUCUUGAAGAAAACAGACAGUGGUUGCUUUCGAAUGGAUUUUGCUCCUCAAUAUUUAUAUCUAGAGAUUGUAUUAAGAUAUUGGUACCCUAUCUUAUUUAGUGUUUAAGGAACUAGAGAUUGUAUCACACCCCUUUUUAAGUCACAGAAAGCCUGACUACUUUGUAUAAUGUAUCGCAAUAAAAAUAUAUAAUACACUUACAGUGUAUGACAACACUUAUAGAGAACUGUUUAAUUUUUGUAUUCUAUGCCAACUACUAUAAAGGCUACAUGUUGUUAAGAGUAUAGUAAUUAAUAAACAGUCAACUUAAUCUGAA